UGCGAAUGGGUGACCUUGAAAUUGAUGGUUUUUUAAGAAUAGCUCAGAUACAUGCAAAGAUUGAGUUUGACUCAGCGCCUUUACAUCCUUGAGGCGUUACAUGCAUGCUUUAUUCUUACACUUUUAUGCACAGGAGCUGUUGGACUGGUUCUAUUCACCGCGAUUAUUAGUCAACCUAUACGAAACUGUCCGGUACUUCAUGCUAUAUACACAGUGUUCUGGAUUUCACUUAGUCUUUCCAUUUUACAAAUUAUAUUAGCUAUAAUUUUUUUCGUUUGGUUUACGUUGACAUUCCUUUGCCCUCCGAAAUCAGUUGGCAGUGUUGAAAAUUCAAGUCGACCUGCAGUUCCAGUUGGUCAACCAGUCUAUGCAUCGAACAAUCCCUUUGAUUCUUGUACAACAGCUGUUGGAGUCCCUUGUGGUCAAGUUUAUGGACCUUUUUACUUUUCACGUUCACAUUGUGCAAGUGACGAUACACUAGAUACAUAUUCAAGUACAUGCGACUGUUGUCAUUUCAGAGUGGGAUGGUUUUAUUUUGGUUCUAUAUUUCUUGGAAUCUUAUCAGUUGGUUUGAUAUUAAGUUUGAUAUUAGUCGGCAAUUUUCUAUCUGAAAUGGAUACAUUGUUCAAUUCAGAGAUGGCCAGCACAUUUGUAGAGGCUCGUGUAAGCUUCACUAGCUCCAAGAGUUCUAACAAUGCACUGAAGUGUUGGAAUAUCAUACAAAAAACUUUCCAAUGUUGUGGUCAAGUCAAUUACAGUGAUUGGAGUUCAUAUGAACAAAGAGAUGUACAAAGUAAAGUAGAAAAUUCACUACCCAUUUCAUGUUAUUUCACUAAUAAUGUUUCAGCUAAUCGAAAUAUUUAUACUUCAGGUUGUUUAAAUCUUAUUAUUAAGUCAUUAAAUUUACAAUUGACAGCAUCUCGUAUCUAUUUAAUCGUGACAUUUAUUCUGUUGGUAAUUACUUUCCUCGUUGAUUUUUGCUACACUUUAUAUAUUGCAUAUACUACGCUUGCUGAAAAUCCUGUAAUGGAAUGUGACAAUGGCAACAUAGUUUGGCAACAUACACCAGAAGGAAUAACAACAAGAAAGAUUUCUUCAUCUGCUACCAUCUCUGGCAACAAUCAUGAUGAAUUAUUAUCUAUUUCCAGUAAUAAUUCAAGUCCUAUAAUUAUUCAGAAUUCUGUUUAUUCAUCAUCACAUAGGAAUAGCUGACAUUAUUUUUAAAGAGAUAUGAUUCUAGUCACGAAAUGGCAAAUCAUGAAUGGCAAAUCGAAAGUUUAAGCGUCCUCAAACAUAAUGUCUAUGGUCGCCCUAUACUGGAUUGGUUGAUUUAUAUCAUGAUUUGUUGUACAUCUUAUGAGAUAUCAUGACGUUUAUAUACUAGAUUUUUAUUUGCAUUUUAGUAAAAUUAAAUUAAAAACAAAAGCGAUCAUUCACACAUAUGUUUUAUCUUUAUUUUGAAAAAGUUCAUUAUUGUAAAACAUUAUUUGUCAGCACGCUGAUCCCAUUCACAUAUCAAUCAUUGUGUAUCAUUAAAUCUAGAUUGUGUAUGAAUUUUUUAUGAUUUUUGUUUGUUUAUUCAUUCAAAAAAACACUUCUUCAGCUUUUUCUAUGACUGCAAUUUCCA